CUCGAGCCGCGGCGCCAUCUUCCCCCGCCGCUCCGCAGGGCACUUCGGGCAGAUAGUAGUGGCGGCAAGCUGAGAGAUGGCCCUGUUCCCGGCAUUUGCCGGUGCCGCUGAGCCCGGGGGGCCCCCAACCGGCAGCAGCGAGGGCUCCAGGAAAGAAUUGGACUGGCUUAGCAACCCAAGCUUCUCUACAGAAGAUGCACUAUUACUGCAUCAGCGGACUACAGAAGUUGCAAAUCUCAUCCCUGAAAAAUCACCACUAAUAAGGACUACUUCAAGAUCAGAGUUGUCAGGGGAAAGUGAUACAGAUGAGAGUCUGAGGCAGUCAAGUAAGAAGAGGAAAAAGAAAAAGAAAAAGCAUCACCAUUAUAAGAAGACAAAAAAGAAAACCAGAGGGGACUCCAGUAGCAGCGAAUCAGACCUGGACACUAAGCGCAUCGAGGACAAAGCCCCAAGAAGUGGCAGAAAUCACGAAAAGGAAGCAGCAGCAAAUCUAGAUAAGAAAACAUCAAAUCUUACCAGCAAUCGUUUUGUUUGGCUUGACGAUAUCCAGGAUUUGACAGCAGAAACCUUCAGAAUAGACAAGAAACCAGACCCUGCAAACUGGGCCUACAAAUCCCUGUAUCGAGGAGACAUAGCAAGAUAUAAAAGGAGAGGAGAGUCGUGUCUUGGCAUAGAUGUAAAGAAACAGUGUAUAACUUGGGACAGCUCUGCAUCAAAAAGGAAGCAGUUACAGAGGCAACCCGAGCGCUACUUCACAAAGAACAAUGUGAAGAUGCUGAACACAGAUGGGAUUCCUGUUUGCAGUAAGAGUUCUACAUCUGACCCAACUGCUUUUAUACCGGUUUUCCAAAUGGAAACUGAUGAUCAUUCUGACACAACAGAGGUAAAUCCUCUUGGGAUUUAUGAUCCGUCAACUACAGUGUGGCUGCAAGGAAAAGAGUGCAAGAGUGCAGACCAUGAACCUGUAAAUACGCAGCAAACAACUCAAGAGCCUGGGAUAAACAUUAACUCCACUCUAAUGACAAAAGUGGAAGAACAUAACAAGAAAGUCAGAGAAAACCCAAGAGAUAUUAAUGCCUGGAUGGAGUUUGUUUCUUUUCAGGAUGAAUUAAUGAGAGGACCUAGCCCUUAUGCCAGUAAGGGAGAGCAGGAAGUAAGAAGAAAAUCACUGAAGUUAAUCUUAGAAAAGAAACUGGCUAUUUUAGAGAGGGCAAUUGAAAGCAAUCCAAGUAAUGUUGAUCUGAAACUUGCCAGGCUGAAGCUUUGCACAGAAUUCUGGGAACCAGCAGCUUUGAUCAAAGAAUGGCAGAAGCUAAUUUUCUUACAUCCCAAUAAUCCAGAGCUGUGGAAGAAAUAUCUCCUGUUCUGUCAAAGUCAGUUCACUACCUUUUCUGUUUCAAAAAUCAAUAGUGUCUAUGGAAAAUGUUUGACUACAUUGGCAGCUGUACAGGAUGGCAGCAUGGUAUCUCAUCCUCUACUGCCUGGCACAGAAGAAGCUAUGCUAGCUAUAUUUAUUCAGCAGUGCCACUUUCUGAGACAGGCUGGCCAUUCUGAGAAAGCAGUGUCUUUGUUUCAGGCUCUGAUUGACUUCACCUUCUUUAAACCUGACAGUGUAAAAGAUCUGCCAACAAGGGGACAGGUGGAAUUCUUUGAACCCUUUUGGGAUAGUGGAGAACCACGAAUUGGAGAAAAAGGAGCAAGAGGCUGGAAAGCAUGGAUGCACCAACAAGAAAAGGGUGGCUGGAUUGCUCUUAAGACUGAUGAUGAUGAUGAUGAAGAGAUAGAUGAAGAUCAAGAAAUAAAGGAUAAAACUCUCCCCAAGUGGCAUAUUUGGUUGGAUAUUGAAUAUUCUCGUGAAGCAAGGCACUGGUUACCUUGGAGGCCAGACAAAAUGAAAAAGGAAGCUGAAGAAGAUUGUGAAGAUCCAGAAAGACAGGUGUUAUUUGAUGAUCUUGGACCAUCUUUAAUCCAGAUUUCUAAUCCAGAUCUUCAGCGUCAGCUCCUGUACUCAUUCUUGCAAUUCCUGGGAGUUCCAUGUACAAGUAAACUCUUUCCUUCCAACCUCUAUAUUGCCAUGGAUGAAAAUAACAUCUUUGACAGUGUGCUUUCUGAUGAAAAGCCACUGACUUCUGUUGAUUUUCCGCUUUGUGGAUUCAACAGUAUUGGUCAUAUGGACACGAUGCUACGAGGAAGACAUCACAUAGGCCACUAUAAAGAAGGAGAGGAGUUCAUACAGAAUGUUUUUCAUGUUCUAUUCCUGCUAUUUUCAGGAAAGGAAAAAUCUAACCUGUCCUUUUGUUGGUUGCAGUAUGAAAUAUCUAAGGUAGUCCAGUGUCUCCAAGUGAAAAACAAGAAGAAGCUGAAAGCACAAGGGAAAAAGAGUAAAAAGUUGGCCAAGAAUCUCCUUAAAGAACCCGACAACCGAAACCACCUUUCUCUCUGGAAACUGUAUGCCUACCUGGAAUGGCUGCUUGGUAACAUUGAUGAUGCCAGGAAGGUAUUUGACACAGCUCUUUGCACGGCGGGGACAGGAGGAUUGAAGAGUCCCCAGCUCUGCAGCCUCAGUCUGCUUUAUGCUCAGCUGGAAGUGGAACUGCUAGAAAGUAUAGAAGGAGCGGUUAUGUCACGUGCUGUUCACAUAUUGACCAAAUUGGCUGAAAGUGGACCAUAUGUGCCCUAUAAUGGACAGGUGUUACCUGUGAAUGUCUUGAAAGCUCGUAAAACAUAUGAGCAUGCACUACAAGAUUAUUUAAGUAAAACAUCAGUUUCUAAUCAGGAUCAGGUCAGUGAUGCGAAUCAGCUGGUGAACUUGGUUGGCUGUUACGCGCUCUUCCAGUAUUUGACUGUUGGGAUUGAUGCUGCAGUAUUAAUAUACGCACAGACUUCAGAAAAACUUGAAGCUGCUGGUCCACAGACAUGUGAAAAUACUGGAGAGAAUGUUGGCAUUCAGAAUUUUCCCACUGCUCUUGAAGCUGUCACACUGCUGCAUACAAAUUUACUCAGAUUCCACAUGAAAAUUAGUGUUUAUCCUUUGAAUCCUCUGCGAGAGGCACUAACGGAGGCUCUGAAACGGUAUCCUAGCAACCUGCCUCUUUGGAGGUCAUACAUCCACAUCCAAAGGAAGUCUCACUGUGCUAGCAAAGCACGAAGAUUUUUUGAUGGUGUCACAAGGUCUACUAACGCUUUAGAGCCAUGGCUGUUUGCAAUCCAAGCAGAGCAGAUGAGAAAAAAACUCACUGAGAAUGUCCAGAGGGCAGAUGUUGGUGAAAUACAUUCUACCAUUCCUGAAACUGGGUUAACAAAUCGGAUUGUAGCUCUGUUUGAACACGCAGUUCAGAGUGAAAGUGGUACCCAUUGUCCACUGCUGUGGAGAAUGUAUUUGAACUUUCUGGCUUCAUUAGGAAAAAAAGAAAAAAGUAAAGGAUUGUUUUAUAAAGCCCUUCAAAACUGUCCUUGGGCAAAGGUACUCUAUAUGGAUGCAGUAGAGUACUUCCCCGAUCAACUGCAAGAGACAAUUGAUCUAAUGACUGAAAAAGAAUUGAGAGUGCGGGUACCUCUGGAAGAGCUGGAUCUGCUAUUGGAGGUUUAAAAGAUGACUGUAGAUGAGUGGAGAAGGUGCAGGAGUUAGUUCCAAAACUAACAUUUAGACCUGUCUCUUCUCAAACAGGAACUCUGCUGGGACUUGGGUACUAUGGACUACUUUUUUUUUUUUUUUUUUAAAGUUGUUUUUGUUUUGUUUUUUUAAGCUUUUAUAUAAAUUGCUAUCAAAAUGGAGUUCCAGUAGCUGCAAGUACUCUGGAAUCAAGUACUGCUUUUUGCCCACAAAAAUGCAUCCGUUUCUCUGAAGCAUUGCUGGCUCCCACAGAAGGAUACCCUCUUAUAAAUAGCCUCCUGUUGAACGCUGCCCACAUUUCUUAUUCUAUUGUUUGAAAUCACAUUCCCUAGAGUUCAGCAGAGAUCCAGUACAUGCCAACUAUGGUUUGGUGGGCAGCACAGGAAAUAAACAUCUGCCAGAAUGGAUGCUCCACUGUCCUCCAGUUGGCAGACUUCAGUGAUUUCCUUCAGCUGGGUAUGCAUGCGCAUGUAUAUAUAAUUGCCAAGUCAAACGGCCGUUAGUCUGUACAUAUACUGUUAGUAAAAGCUAAAUCUCUGCUUGAGCAGGCACCUAUUUUGGACUUGUAUUUGUAUGUUUUGACAGAUGACCAUUUUAAUAUGAAUAUUUAUGAAAAAUAUACCUGAAUGUUUGAAAAUUCAAAAGUAAUUAUUUUUGAUUUCUUAAUUUAAUAGAACUGAGUGUACUAAAACCAAAAAUGUAUCCAUAAUGCAUCUCUAACCAGCUCACUUUUUAACAAGCUUUUGUAAUUGAUCUCUCACUUUUUGAUUCAAAUACAGGCAGUCGUCAUAAGAAGUAGGGGUCUGGUCUGUAUUUAAUCCGCACCAAAGGAGGCAGAGUAGUCAAAACAUGAUUGUUUAAUUAGUAGUUUCUACUCCAGGAGUCUUUAGGCAAGCUCCUAGAGAAGUAAUAUGGAAUAUGGUAACAAUUUAAAGGUAUAGUUAUGGUACAUACUUAUUUUAUAAGGCAGAAUAUGCUGAAAUGGGUGAAAGACUGUUUAGCAUCCCUACUCCUGAGAUGCAAGUGCUCAGAAACUGGAUCUUCAUCUGUAAGGGAGGGUCCUGCAGCUGCUGAAUACCCAAAUCUGUUCCAGAGGUUUUUCAGGAGAAAACUAUCACUAACAGCACUGAAAGGAUCGGGGUCAUCAGCAGGUGAGGGCCGAUUGCACAGAAAACUCUGCCUGGACAAAGCCAUACAACCUAUGGUUCGGUUUUGCCUGUAGCACCACAAUACAAGGUAUAAUAUGUUGUAGUUCAGGCUGCACUUCAUUUAUUCCUUUCUAAAAGGAAAUACUACGGGGAAUAUGCAGAAUUUUAAAUGACAUUACAGCACUUCUUAAGAGCCUUAUAAUAUUGCUAUGGUUGCAGGUGAUGCUGGUUUUGCUGUAAAAGUAAUUGAUUUGUCUUUGUAAAAAAUACUCAUUUUAUUUUUAAAAUCCAUGCUGCUUUCUGAAAUGGCGGAGCUCCUGAACUGGGGGUAGGAGUUAACUCUGUGCACCGAACAGUAACAUUGCAAAUGGUGUGCACAUGCGUGUGUUUUUGCUCUCCUGUCAGAGCAAAAUCCAUUUCCUCUAAAGCCGUGGAAGGGAGGCGGAGAGGGGGAAGCCUGAUGGUGCUCCUGUGUGUGUCUCUCUUCAGAGUCAUAGAAUCACGGCACAGCCCCAGCAGGGAGGGACCCCCAGAGAUCAUCUGCUCCAGCCUUUUGUGGGGCAGGGAGCCUAAGUGGGAUUAUCCAGCAACCUGUCCAGUCUCCUCUUGAAAACCUCCCCCGAGGGCAGCAAUGGCUCUUGUUCAGUCACCUUGCUCUUCCCUGCAUCCCCUCCCCAGGCCCUUUCCUUUGCACAGCUCCUCCCUUUGCUCAGGGCAGUCGGAGGCUGCUCGCUUGCUGGAGCUCCUGGCCUAAAUCUGGCCUGGUAAUUUGGACCCCAGUAGCUUUUUCUGCCCUUAGAGGGAAUAUACUCGCUGUUCUCUCUCUCCUGGUCUUUACCUUUGUCUUGAUCUCUGUGACUCAAGUUCAGGAAGCAGGGAGAAAGGGGCAGAAGUUAAAUUCUGCUGCAAAAGGUUAAGAAUUUAAUUUUGAAGUACGUUUCUUUUUCAGUUCCUGUUGUGGCAGCCAGGGUACCAGCAGGCAGCUCGUGGUUUAGCUCAGCACAUUGCAGCUUCCCUUCAGGCAGCUGAACCGACCUCGUGGUGGUUGGUGCUUCUAAGCCAGCGUUAACAGCCAUGUCCCAGAUGAAAAAAGCCCUGUUCGCCACACAUGUCAUAAAGCUCUUCAGCCCCUCGAGCGAUGAUGAGAUCAACUGCCAUGAUGAGGAAGUGCUAAAAAAUCACUGGCUUUUUGUGACCUUUCCAAGGAGACAGAUCUCAUAAGGUUUGUAAGAAUGGGUAAUAAAACUUGACUUGUUGUUUUUCUAUCUCCAGCUGAAAAACAACUCUAUUUUGGGGUUCCUGUCAUCCAGAUUAAAUAAAAAGACUCCAUUCAUCUGUAGGGUUUGUUUUUAACAAUGAACCACAUAAUUUUUACAUAGAAAAACAACAUCUCUUGGCCUUGCUGCUACCAUUGUUGUUACAGCCCUGGCAGUUACCAAAGGGAUUGCUCUGUGUUCAACUCCCAAAUGUCUGUUAUGGGCCAGCAUUUGCUCCCACAGAAAGUUUCCAGAGCAAAGACUGCACGUUGCUUAACUGUGGUCUGUAUAUGGAACUCUAACAAAUCUUAAAAAGCAUACACACAUUUGGUAAUUAAUUAAUUACUCAGACCUUAACAAGUGCUUCACAGAAGUACACUACAGAGUACAGUAUAGACAUUGCUACAGCUUAGCAAAGUAGAAAUGAAACCCCCUUGGGGGUGGAGGUGCAGGCAGUAGGUUUGUUUCACAGAAGGGCAAGGGUUGGAGGUCAUCUAGUCCAACCCUCCUGCUAAAGCUGGUUCACCGAGAGCAGGUUGCAAAGGUCAUCAUCCAGGCAGCUUUUGAAUAUCUCCAGAGAAGGAGAUGCCACAACCUCCCUGGACAGCCUGUGCC